AUGGUAAAAUUGCUACAAAUAGUGUGCAGUGCGAUUGAGACAAAAAUUGGCGGAACUUACUCAUCAAAUUACAAUCUAACGCAAAUCGAUGGACCAUAUGUUGUCACCAAAGAUCUUGUAGUGAGCAAGGGAACUACACUAACAAUAGAGGCUGGUGUAAACCUCAAUUUCCAGGCAAGAGUUCGUCUGAUUGUCAAUGGCACACUCAUUGCUAAAGGGUCAAAGGAAUCUCUUAUUGUUAUGUACCAUAAUGCUACAGUUGGUAGCGACACAGGACUCAUACGUCUGGUGGGAGGUAAGAAUUCGAGAGAAGGUCGUGUUGAGGUGUUUAACGGUCAGAACUGGGGGACGGUAUGUGACGAUUAUUGGAACAUAAACAAUGCAAGGGUUGUUUGUAGACAACUUGGAUUUGGAAGUCCCAUUGAAGCGUACACACGCCGUUUUGGUUCAGGGUCUGGUGUUAUUGGAUUAAACAAUGUGCAUUGUGAUGGCACCGAGAAUUCAUUGCUAAAGUGUCGUGCCAAUGCUUGGAGCAAGAACAGUUGCAGACACUCAGAAGAUGUCGGUGUUGUUUGUGGUGCAGGUUCUUGGGGUGGCAUUGUGUUUGCUAAUGACAGCGUAACUGGAACAAUUGAAGGUAAUGCUUGGAAGUACUACAGCAGUAGUGUUCUUCAAAACGUCAAGAUUAUGAAUGCUGGUACAGCUGUCCGCAGUCGAUCGCAGUCAGAUUUGUUAGUUCCAGCAAUGACCAUCACAACAGCCAGUCCAGUAGUCAUGAAUGUGACCAUAUUACAGAGCAGACAGACUGGAGUUCAUUUCAACUCGGUUCAUGGAGACGUCAACUUUGUUGGUCUAACAAUAGAAAACACAUCUAUUGCUAUUAGUGGUUCAUGCUCUAGGCGGUUUUUGUGCGUUGGUUGCCACCUUAGCAACAAUGGUCAGUUUGGUAUUGAUAUUGACAGGAUUCCAUUACUGCUUGAGCCUCCACUUGUUGACAGACUUCCAACGUAUUCUUUGGACUAUCAAAUACGAUCCAAAUUUUACUCUUUUAGAGUUGGGAGCAAUGGAUCUUACGUUACAUUCACUGGAGCCAGUAGUCAAAGAAGCUACUAUUAUAUUAGAGGUUUUGAAACGUCUCCCGGUUAUGGACUUUCUAUCUCUUUUCAACGCUUGAAAUGGAGAGGUGGUACUAUCAGAAUUAUUGAUGGCAUAUCAGGGGAUAAUGUGGCAGCCUGGUGGCGUCCACCUUCUAAUGUUCCAACAAAUUUCUCUGUAUCUUCUCAUCAGUUGUUGAUCUACAUGCGGAAAUCCAGCAAUGUGUUCACUGGAGAUAUUCAGGCCUACAUAGCACCAUACAAACUGGAUGCUCGUAGGGUCCACAUUGACAGUAGUUUCAUCAGUGGAAAUGUUGGUUUGAAUAGCUUGUCAAGAGGAGUUCAUCUAGCAGGAUCUCUGGGUGAUGUACACAUUACCAGGUCUCGUGUGUUAGCUACAAAAGGCAAUGCCAUUCAGUUGAGAGGAUCAGCUAGUGAUGUCUUUAUGUCGUCCAUAAAAGUAAUCAACAGUACGGCAUUUGGUAUUGGUAUUAGUAUUGUUGUUGAUUUAAGUUCAUUGCGGCUGUCUGAAGUGCAUAUUGAGGGAUACAGUCAUGGACUGUAUGCAAGGAUCUCUGCUCAGACUAAUAUCUCAGUAACUAACUCACAGUUUACGCGAAAUCGAAAUGGAGGAGCAUAUAUUUAUUGGUCACAACCAAACAUGUAUAGCUGGCCUGUGCAAUUUCAUCAAAACCUUGAAAUCACUCAUUCAACGUUUGCAGAUGUUGUAAGUAAUCGAGGAUUAUACGUAUACGAUUCCAACUCCUACACAACUGCAAGAAGACAUGUUCUCAUUGCUGACAACUUGUUUGAAAGAAACAAGGUUGGUCUGCAUUAUAACCACAGGUACAGAACUGUGCCCAGUAAAAUACUUAGGAAUACUUUUAUUGAGAAUAAUGGUGGUUGCUGUGCUGGAGCCAUGUAUGUUUAUCCUCAGUAUAGCAAUCCUAAUUAUCCACUAUUGGUGGACAUCAUUGAUGGAAACCAGUUUCUUCGUAAUUCAGGAGAGUAUGUCGUCAAACUGCAGACUUCGACAUCAUUUAGUUCCUCUUAUCAACUGAAUUCUGUUGUGGUAUUCAGAAAUAACAACAUAUCAGAUAGCUCUGUUUUGCAAACUACAAUGCCCAGUAACUCCAGAAAGUCGACUCCGCAUGCUGUUCUUGAAAUUAAGGGUACUAUGUUUGUCAGUGCCUAUCACAACAGGUUUCAUAACCCAAAUGCUACAUUUGACCUCUCACUCCAGGUUGAAGGUAUUUCAUCUUUAGAUCAAGUUAAUAUUACACUGAACUGGUGGGGUACAGCUGAUGAAGUGAAAAUUCAAGAGCGAAUAUUUGACUUUGAUGACAGUAGCAAUUUGGCUGUUGCCAGAUAUUUUCCAUUCUUACUUUCUUCUUUACUUUCUGAUGUAGCAAAUUCAACUCAUCCGAGGAUGAACACUCCAUUCAUUAAUGCAAACAAUGAGCUAGGGGGACAGCUGUCAACAAAUGUAACUCUUGUAGCAUCUGGUGGUCCGUAUAUUGUUACACGUGAUAUUACUGUACUGCCAGCUGUUGUAUUGACUAUUGAGGCAGGCACUAAGUUGAGAUUUCAACCAAAUGUGGGAAUGCUGGUUGAAGGUCAACUGCUGACUGAAGGCUUACCUAGUCAACCAGUUACAUUUACACACUUUCAAAGGUCAAAUGUUUACGAUGAUGAUGAAUCAGUUGUUCGUAUCAAAGAUGGUAUGUAUUAUAGCACAAGUGCUAACGGAAUUCUUGAGUUAAAAUUUCAGGACACGUGGUACUCAGUUUGUUUUGCAUUUCAAAGUCUUGACUACACAUCUAUUACUGCAUUAGGUACAGGUUUUUGCAUUCAACUUGGUUAUGACAGUGGCUACUUGGACAGAAUUGAGUGGUUCCCCAUCUUGGGAACACCUGUUGUGCUUAACUUUGAGUGUCCAAAUUUCUCUGCAAUGAAUGGCUCUGCAAUGAAUAGCUGUGCCUUUAAUACAGGCUUCUAUUCAGCACAGUCAGACUGUCUUCUUAUUGCACGUCUUAGUUGCUCCAGAUCAAAUUCAUACCAACGACCAUUAGGACAUUAUUGGUCAGGAAUUCGUUUUGCUCCCACUAGUUCUGUUGCGUCAGUCGAUGGAAUACAUCAAAUUCCCAUGUCACGACUGAGGUAUACUGAGAUUAUUGGUGCUGGUCAGUGGACCUACAAGACUGUUCCUGCUAUACAAGCAUACUUUAGACCUCCAGAGACAAUUGGUGUAACAAUAAGGGAUUGUGCUUCUACAGGAAUGGAAGUCAGUUUUCUGCAUGAAGAGGCUAGAAUUGCUGGUUUGAUGGUUAUGAACAGCAGGGGAGAUGGUGUAUCUGUAAGAAGACCAAGAGGGAAAAAUUUGACCAUUGAUGCAAUAAUGGUUCAUAAUGUGACUGGCUAUGGCAUUCGAGUACAUCAUUACAGUUCAUCCCUGGAUGGCAACACAGACUUUCAGCCUAUUUGCUCAGAUGUACACAACAUAUCGAUAGAUCCUGAAGAUGGAGCUUAUAUUGGCAUGUCUCAAGAUGAACAUUUACCUGGAAUCACUUGUUCUGUUGUUCUCUAUGGUCCUCCUAACACAAUUCUUUCUGUUCGAUUGGUGACGAUGAGACUAUAUAAUGAUGAUCGUCUUACUUUGAGAAAUGGACCAUUAUCUUCUAGCCCUUUGUGGCGCUCAUUUCAGGGUUACAGAAGGUCAUUGAGUGAUCCAUUUCUGUCUUCUGGUAAUGCUAUUUUUGUAGAGGUCACAACUGGGAAAAAGACUGGUGCUCCUGGGUUUAGUUUACACGUAGAAGCUCUCUUAUCUGCUCCUGGAGAACCGUUUGUCCACAUUGUGAAUAGUGCUGUGACUUCUAGCAAUCGCGGUAUUUAUAUGUACUCUCUCUAUGAUGACGCUUUGAUACACAACGUUACCAUUGUUGACUCUAUUCGACAUGGUAUUUCUGUUGCAUCACACUAUGGCUUGUUGACCAUUUCUAAUUGUUCUGUGGUCAAUUCCCGAAACACGGGGAUUUAUCAGUCGUCUGGUCGAAAGCCAAUGAAGUUUGUAGGUAAUCGACUUGUAAACAAUUCUCAGGGAAUGUUUAUACGUCCUUACUAUUACUAUCAUGACAAAUGUGGUCUUCAUGUGUCAGGAAACACAAUAGUAGGUUCAAGCAGAGAGGGACUGUACAUCACUGCAGAUGGAAGUCGCAGCCAGAAUCGAAACUAUAAGUGUCCAUUGGAAGUUUCAGAAAAUUUGUUUGAAUACAACAAUGAUGGCUUAGUUGCCUAUUCUUCAAUAGGUUUGCAGUACACAUUGAACUUUACUCAGAAUGUAUUUAAGGCCAAUAAUGGCACAGCAAUGAGACUAGAUAAACAAGGUGACUGGUAUGGUACAAUUACUGCUAAUCAAUUUUAUUAUCAUACCAGUCGAACUGGAGGAUCUCUUUUGGUUGAGGGAAUAGCCGAAACACUGAAUAUAAAAGACAACACUUUCAAGUGGAAUGGUGGCAAGUAUGUAGUGAGACUAGCUUUCUUCACCUUUUCUUCAAUUCCCGUCAAUUUUUGCAAUAAUGAAUUAGCGAAUAACUACAUCAAUGAAGCAGAUACAAUACCAUUGGAUAACCGGUCUGCUGUUUUGGUAGUUAGAAAGUCAGAUAAAGUCUUGAUGAGACAUAAUGUGUUUGAUAAUCCCGAGUCUCUGUUUGAGUUAGGAGUUGAGCUUCCUGUGCAGAGUUCUACAAAUCACACUAUUGAUUUCAGCUACAAUUAUUGGGGAACUGCAAAUGAAAGUAUAAUUCGUGAUCGAAUCCAUGACUUUGGUUAUUGUUCUCGCUUGGCGUCAGCAGAGUUUUUUCCAUAUUUAACAUCUGCAUUUGGUCUUCCUGUGUCAUCAACUAUUUCUCGUUCUACUGAUAUUAUUCGUCCCAAUAGUAUCAUUAGAGGACGAGUGUUGGCAGACACAGUUGUACCAUCAUCGGGUAGCCCUUAUAUUGUAACUGGAGAUAUAUCUGUGUUACCUGGGAGGAAACUCACAAUUGAGCCAGGAGUUGAACUGCGAUUUAGUCAUAAUACUGGCAUUCUGGUAGAGGGGCAAUUAAUAGCUAAUGGGACUGAUGCCGAGUCUAUUAGAAUGACAGAUGACAGCUUUCUUGGUCCAAUAGAAGAAGGACGUAUUCGACUAGUUGGCGGACGAACACAGUUUGAAGGUAGAGUUGAAUUGUUUCAUAAUGGCAGUUGGGGACCUGUGUGUGUUGUUCAGAAGUCAAAGAGAUGGUACCCAAUGGACUUAUGGUACCCAUGGAACUUAUACUCAUUGUACCCAUGGGACUACCAAGCUAGACAUGAUUAUUUGAAUAAUAAAGUUGUCUGCCACGAACUAGGAUAUUCUGCAGACUACUACUACUAUUCCUCUUUGUACUCAAAUCCAUCAUUUGGAUUGUCUAGUAAUCCAGCUUGGUUGGGACACGUACUUUGUAGGGGAAAUGAAGCAUCAUUGAGACAAUGCACCAACUAUGUUUUACAACAGUCUAACUGCUCAUAUGGACAGCUAGUGGCAAGGUGUAGAGGCUCAGAAAUUACCACUGCAAUCAGGGAUUUGCCUUUACUGCAUUGGAGUGGAUUGCGAUUUGCAGGGAGUGGUCAGGAGAUAUCGACUAUGAGGAAUGUACUAAUUGAAAGAGCAGGAAUAGCCAACAGCGAGCGAACUUCUGCUGUGCAAGUGGUUGGAAUGCAAGUUCAAUUCUCCAAAGUCAACGUAAGUGAGAGUUCAUGGACUGGAAUAACAGUGACAAAUUCGCCAUCAUUUCAACUGUCUGAUUGCUUUAUUUCAAGGAAUGGUGGUAGUGGUGUUCAACUGGUCAAUGUGCCUGCCAGCUCUAUAGAUGGACUAAGAAGCGAGGAGAAUUCUAAUCAUGGGUUAUCACUGUCAGUAGACAGUGUACUGCAGAGGGGAUGGAACAUACCUAUACCAUCCGAUCAAAUAGUUGAUAUCUGCUCAGACGACUUUGUGGGUAUAGAUUCAACUUUGUCGUUCUAUUUGAGAUUCAACCCUGUUCCUGUGCAGAAGAAUGGAGCUUACCGCACUUGUAAUAUCCACAUUAUUUUAGAACGACACUAUUAUGUCUCUGUCCAUGUACUGGCUGCUAGCUUUAAGGAUACGAGGUCCUAUGUGAAAGUGAAUGGAAAAUAUUUGUACAGAUGGAAACGUGUUCAAUCUAACAUUCCUCUUCCAUACAUUGGGGGCGCAGGAGGGACAAUUAGUUUGUACGCUUCAGCAUAUCUCGAUGGUCAUUCUUAUGAACCCGAUGAGAACUUCUUUCUAGUGUACGUACAGAGUGAGCCAGAUUUGCUAGAUGUGUCUCAGGUAGUUGCUCGUGUGUUUAUCAGCUUGUGCCACUUGUCUGGCUGCAUACACAACAUGUUUCACUACUUGACUGGUUUAACUCUAACUGGCAAUUUACUCUCCGGGUUGGCCAUAAACUCUAGUUUGACGUUUUAUGAACGAUUUGACGUAACACUUCUGAAUUCCUUUGUGACUGAUAACAAGUGGAAUGGUAUUGAUAUCAAUGCAACAAGAAAAGGCAUAUCUAGUAUUCAUUCUAAAAAGUUCGAUAUUCAACGAAAUUUCAUAGGACAAAACGGACAGUUUAUGAACGGCAGGUAUGGACCUCGACCUGCUGGUCUCGCCAUCCAGCUUGGUAAAGCAGACAUUGUUGUCAUACAGAACAAUGCUUUUUGGAAAAACAAGGAAGGAGCAGUGCGUCUAAAGCUUGAACCUGGUAUUUAUGAAAAUAACGUAUCUCUAUUUGAUAACGACAUAGAACAAAACAUAGCAGGUCACACAGUUGAUGUGUCUUUGAAUAGCGGUGCAUUAGGAAGCACUCACAUCUCGAAGCCUCGAUUGCACAUUGUUGGUAACAGAAUCAGUCAUAAUUCAGCCGGCAUUCAAUAUGACACACUUUCGAUUGAUAACGUCGCUGCCAAUGUUGUUAACAAUACUUUUUUCAAUGAUACCAGUCGUCAUGUUAUAAGAUGGGUUGUGGGUUCACAGUCGUCUGUUGGUGGGCAGCAGUGUGUAGACAAUACUCUAUACCUUAACAUUGGACAAACGCCCAACUAUCGGUGGAGCCUGUAUGCUGAUGGAGUUGGUCCUCGGUACUUGCGAAAUUUGUUUUACAAUCCGUCCAAUUUGUACGAGUUUGUGUCUGGAAGAGAUAGAGGACAAGGUCGCCAUGAUGCUAGAAAUAACUGGUGGGGCACAUCAGACUUGAACAAAGCAGAGGCAAGAGUUAGGGACAAAAACGACGUGUCUAGUUUAGCAGCUGUAGACAUUAAUCCUAUUGACAUCACCAAUCCAUGGGAUGGCCAAUCAGGUACUUCUUUUCUAGUCUUCAAUUUUACAAGUGUAUCAUGUCAUCUUUACGUUUACAGCUUGUCCAUUUGGCUGGGUUGA